AUGGGGGGUCCACGGAGCGCCUCGAUCAGAAGAGGGCUACGGCGGGCGAUGGGGACCACCAGCAGCAACAGCAGAUGCUGCGGCAACAAGGCGAUCAGGAUCGAGGGGCCUGCUCUGCUCUUGCAUGCCAAAACUCUGCUCACACCAAGGGCUUCCUAUUCUGUCUGCUCAAUAACUGCCCAUCGGCCCAGCACUGUGCCAGCACAGGGCGGAAAGAAGGCUGCACAGGGCGGCGGCCGAGCGCACCGGGAGCAGCAGCAGCUGCUGCUGCGGGAGCAGGGAUCACCCGGGGUUUCUUGA